UCUGAGCUCACUUCUGAUUUUGACUUUUCUGAUUCUUCUGGCUUUUUUGUCCACUGUGUCUGCUGCUACUGCUGCUGCUGGUUGUCGUUCCGCACUCUCAACCUUCACACUGCACUUGUAUCAUCACCUUCGACAUCCUCGCUCUUUUGACACGCUCGAAUCUCCCACAAUCGUUAAUCUUUGGAAACGAUGACGAUUACUCUGCCUGUCAACGUGUCCGACUCUGCUCGCGUCAUCCACUCCAACUGCGCCUGCGGACAUAAAACCCACCCUGGGCCAAACCUCACUCGAAUGUGCUCAGAGUUGAGCUUGAUGUGGUCGCGCGUCUUGCCUGAUCUGUCGUUGCCAGUCUCCCAACACCAGAGCUUUGAUGUACCACGCGCUGUUCAUUAUGUCAAAGCGCAGAAGCACAUCCAAGAGCCCGCAGAUUCACCAUUCACCGCUCAGCUGCGUCGCUGCCUUGAGAUGAUUUCAGACUUGGGCACUCUCUUUGAGCGUGUCACCGAACUGCAGGACACGCCGUACGAUUCGUCGCAAGAAUCGAACGAAGCGCAGCUUGUGGAGCUUUGGGAAUUGAUGAUGCCAGAACAGCAACUCUCUGCGCGCGUUUCAAACGACUGGAAGACCCUCGGCUUCCAGGGUCGUGAUCCCGCUACAGACUUUCGUGGCAUGGGCAUGCUUGGCUUGAAGCAGCUCUUGUUUUUCGCCCAGCAGCACAACACCCAGGCUCGCGGCGCGUUGACCGUGUCGUGUCAUCCUGAGCGCGGCUUUUCCUACGCCAUUGUUGGCAUCAACCUUUCCAGCAUGGCCGUCGAAUUUUUGGACAACCCGAAACUACACGAGCUGCUGUACCAUUUGAGCAAUCAGCCCGAGUGCAGCAAAGACAGCCUGGUCAACUUCAACGACUUUUACUGCUUUUUGUUUUGCGAGUUUAGCCGGCUGUGGCGCCAAGUCAACCCAGAGAAUAUGCUGGCCUUCAACCAAAUUCGCGAUUCUCUGAAGGCGACUGUGACGCGCACCCUCGAGCACAAUCUUGAAGCAGUUUCGGCAGCGAUCGUUGCCAUGCGUGUGCUAAACCACGACGCUAAUUCCUCGAUUCAACACUAAACGCUUUUAAUUUGUGUAAUCAUUGUCCAAAAGAGAAAAACAAAAUCAACACAAUUAUUUUUGAAAA